AUGGCUGAGGACUUGACCCCGCAGGUGCUUCAAGUCCUCAACUCCUCCGCCGGGCCAGUCCUGACUUCCGAAGCCUUUCCUAAUGCCACUUUUGUCAGUGUCAAAUCUGCCGUCGACAAGCUACGGUCACGAGAGUUCAUCGAAGCCGAGCAGAUCGACCGGUUACAACUCGUUCUCACAAAAGAAGGCCAAGAUAUUGCCGAGUUUGGAAGCAACGGCGCAAGAGUCUUUGAAGCCGUGCGCAAAGCACUGGAAGGGCUGAAAAUCAAGGACCUACCUGCCGCUGUUGGUGACGCCAACGUCGCCAAGUUCGGUCAAGGGGAUGCCUUCAAGCUCAAGUGGGUCAAGAAGGAAGGUGACACCCUCAAGGCCGCAACAGACAGAAUACAGGAUGAGGUACAAGAACAGUUACAAAAGAUUCAGUCAACGAAGACAUUAGACAACCCCAAGACCCUUGCCGACUUCAGGAAAAGGAAGUAUGUGGUUGAAGAGAAGAUUGUCACCUUCAAGAUUUCCAAAGGUCCCAAAUUCUCGACCGAGUUCGUCAAGGAGGAGACAGAUCUCACGGCAGAUAUGUUGGCUUCGGGGUCGUGGAAGACAGUGCAGCUGAAGCCAUACAAUUUCAAGGCGAAAGGUGCAAUAACGCCGUCUGGUGCACUACAUCCUCUUAACAAAGUCCGGCAAGAGUUCCGGGAGAUCUUCUUCGAGAUGGGAUUUGAGGAGAUGCCCACGAAUCGAUAUGUGGAAACCGGGUUCUGGAACUUCGACGCCCUCUUCGUCCCUCAACAACACCCUGCCCGCGACCUGCAAGACACCUUCUAUAUCUCAGAUCCUGCCAAGGCCGACCCACCCCGCGCAGAUCCGGAGCCUGUCGCUCCUGGCGAGAAACAUACCCCAGCAGCUUCACAUAAGCGAACGAAGUCGAAGGAGAAGACAUUAAACUAUAAGCAGUACUGGGACGACGUACGAGCAGUCCACCAGGACGGUAAAUUCGGCUCCAUAGGCUACAGAUACCCUUGGGCUGAAGAGGAGUCACUACGACUAGUUCUCCGAACUCACACCACCGCCAUCUCGACCUACAUGCUGCAUAAGCUGGCACUGAACCCCCGACCAGCAAGAUACUUCUCCAUCGAUCGUGUCUUCAGAAACGAGACCGUCGACCAAACACAUCUGGCAGAGUUCCACCAGGUGGAGGGCGUCAUUGCGGACUGGGGAUUAACGCUCGGAGGCUUGAUAGGCUUCAUGGAGGUCUUCUUCGGCAAGAUGGGCAUCAAGAACCUGAGGUUCAAGCCGGCCUACAAUCCGUACACUGAGCCUAGUAUGGAAAUCUUCAGCUACCACGAAGGCCUGAAGAAGUGGGUCGAGAUCGGAAACAGCGGCAUGUUCAGACCGGAAAUGCUCGAGCCCAUGGGUCUGCCCAAGGACAUGCGGAUCUACGGAUGGGGUCUGAGCUUGGAGCGCCCGACCAUGAUCAAGUACGGCGUUAACAACAUCCGAGAACUGCUGGGCCACAAAGUCGACCUCAACUUCAUCGAGACCAACCCGGCCGUGCGGCUACACAAAGACUAG